AUGUGUAAUCCAGCGGAGACUGCCAGAAUGCUGGAAAGAAUUUCUCAGUUUUUGCUAGCGGAAGAUGAUUCUUUUCCACCUCCCUCUCUCACUACAACCACUGCCAUUUCCGCGCAGGCGCAACAAUUCUGUGCAAUUCCAAUACACGAAGAAAGUUUUUCCCAAUCCUCCCCGACUCUUUGUCCUCUGGACGCUGCCUCACAUUCUACAGUUUGCGGCCACAAACAUCUGUCAAAUGACAGUGAUAUGACAUUGCACGAAGCCGCAAACAGGGAGCGGAGAUCAGUUAGUCCGGCAGAACAAAACGAAAAGGAUUCAGAGGCAGUGACGUAUAAAGAUGGAAAAAAACACUACAGAGGAGUGAAGCAAAUUAAAGGGGGAGGAAAAUUUGCGGCAGAGAUAAGAAACCCUGAUAAGAAAGGCUCAAGAUUUUGGCUUGGCACCUUCAGUACUGCGGAAGCUGCUGCUGAGGCAUAUGACCGUGCGGCGUUUAAAAUGCGCGGUAGCAAAGCUAUUCUUAACUUUCCCCUGAACGUUGAGUCCGGAUGUUAUGUAGAUUCGCAUUCUCAAUCAUCCACUUCAUUCAGCUUGUCAAAUAAAAGAAGCAGAAUAAGCAAAGAUGAAUGGGAAUAUUCCUCAAAAUAA